AUGAUUAUGACCCUCAGAUUUGCCUGUCAUUUAGAUCGACAGGACAAGCUGUGGCGAUUUGGGAUUGCUACGAUGUUGAAGUGUGGUGUCCUUGAUCCAGACCCCGAAGAAUUACCCAUGGAUGAGGGAGAUGAUGAAGACAUUGCUGAGCUCGAAGAAGUGUCUACUGAUCAACAAACUGCACUCCUGGAGGGGCUUAAUCACAUGCGUGCCAAUACUAACUACUUCAUCAAAGCUAAGGAGGUGGCUACUGUACCUCGUGGACCUAGCACUCAUCCUCCUCGAAUGUUUACUGCUGGCAAUACCGCUAUCCAUCUAAAUUAUAGUCCAACUCGCACUGGAAUGAAAAUUGAUGAUGUCGCAGACGAGUUCAACAUACUGGAUCUUUGUGAUGCUAUUUCAAACUUCUUGCGACUUGACACGAGGAAUAGAGAUGUGAUUCAUGGGGUUGGAAUCUCAAGAAGAUCGUUAAUUGACCGUCCUUCUACUCUGCCUUUUGAUCAUGUUCAAGCACACAGUUCGCUUGCAUCAUUCAUGUCAUCCCGGCAAUCUGAAAUCGACAACUUCUUGCUCUACGCAACGAUAAGCUCUGUUGGUGUCCCUUCUGGCCCACACACCUUAGAUACUACGCAAGCUCUCCUCAAGCAAGAGCUGAAAAACCGCCUGAUUCAUGAAGGUAUUGGAAAGGGUGCCAGAAUACCGUUGGACAAAUCCAUUUUUCAUCAUCUUGUGAGAAAAACUACUCUCCAAUUGAGCGAGAUCAAGACAAUUCAGUACGACAAAACAGGACCAUCUGCAUACUCUGGAGACAAAUGGAAAUUCCACCGCAGGAGAAAAGGAAUCAAACGUACUUGUGGCGCAAAGGAUGAACAAGAUGAUGGUACAGAGGACAGUGGCACAGAGCACGAGGAUACAGAGGAUCCUGAUACAGACUCGGAUGACGAGGAUGCAGAGGAUUAUGAUACAGACAGCGAUGGUACGGAUAUCGUUGAUGCAGAGGUCAAGGGUGCAGUGCUUGGCGUAGAGCCCUCUUUGACUCAGUGA